CCUGUGCUGACGCGGCACGGUUGAUCUUAGCAGCAGGACCAGAGUGAGAAGGAGAACCCCAUGCGCGAGCUGCGCAUCCGCAAGCUCUGCCUCAACAUCUGCGUCGGGGAAAGUGGCGACAGACUCACUCGGGCAGCCAAAGUGCUGGAGCAGCUCACCGGACAGACCCCCGUCUUCUCCAAGGCACGAUAUACUGUCAGAUCCUUCGGCAUCAGGAGAAAUGAGAAGAUUGCUGUCCACUGCACAGUUCGUGGUGCCAAAGCAGAAGAGAUUCUGGAGAAAGGACUGAAGGUGCGAGAAUAUGAGUUGAGGAAAAACAACUUUUCUGACACCGGAAACUUUGGCUUUGGGAUCCAGGAACACAUUGACCUGGGAAUUAAAUAUGACCCGAGCAUUGGCAUCUAUGGUCUGGACUUCUACGUGGUUCUGGGCAGGCCGGGCUUCAGCAUCGCUGACAAGAAACGCAAAACUGGCAGCAUCGGGGCUAAGCACAGAAUCGGGAAGGAGGAGGCCAUGCGUUGGUUCCAGCAGAAGUAUGAUGGCAUCAUCCUUCCUGGCAAAUGAGCAGUUCCUGUUACCAGAAAGACCCAAUAAAAUUUUCUAACUGUAA